AUGCGCCAACAGAUAAGUAAACGGUUGAAGAAGAAGGGGCGUCUCCAUCAGGAAGCUGAAGAUCUGUCCGUGGAGAUGAAGCAGGAGUACCAGGACCUCAUCCUGCAGACAUGCGGGGCCUCAUCGCUGCGUGUCGGCGCUCAGAUCCAGACGCUGUGGAGCGGCUACGGGGAGAUAGUGCGGCUGCACCUGGAGGGCUGUGGGCGGCCCUCUGUGGUGGUCAAACACAUCAAGUUUCCGGAAGAGGCAGAUCACCCGGGCGGCUGGAACACGGAUCGCUCCCACGUCCGUAAAGUCAGGUCCUACCAGGUGGAGACCCACUGGUACCAGAACUACUCCACCAAUCAGAGCUGCCGCAUCCCCGUCUGCCUUGCCGCCCGCUCCUAUGGCGACGAGAUGCUGAUAGUUCUGGAAGAUCUGGAUGUGGAGGGUUAUGACCAAAGAAGAACCAGCAUUAAGGACAAAGAGAUAAGGGCCUGCCUGAGCUGGCUCGCCCACUUCCAUGCUCUCUUCCUGGGUGUGGCCCCAGAGGGUCUGUGGCCAGUUGGCACCUACUGGCACCUGGAGACCCGGCCGGAUGAGCUGGAAGCCAUGGAUGACGCUGAACUCAAAGCAGCAGCGGGCGACAUUGACAGGGUCCUCAACGAGUGUCACUUUAAAACCAUCGUUCAUGGAGAUGCCAAGCUGGCCAACUUCUGCUUCUCAAAGAGCGGACUCGAAGUGGCUGCCGUAGACUUUCAGUACGUCGGCGGUGGCUGUGGGAUGAAAGAUGUUGUGUAUUUUCUUGGUAGCUGCAUAGAUGAGAGGGAAUGCGGCAAACGGGUACCGGGAUUGUUGGACCACUAUUUCACAGAACUGAAGGCCUUUGUGAAUAAAGACGUAAACUUUAAUGCUCUUGAGAAGGAGUGGAGAGAGAUGUUUGCAUUCGCAUGGACGGAUUUCCAUCGUUUUCUCCUCGGAUGGAUGCCGGGACACUGGAAGAUCAACCAGUAUAGUAAGGAGCUGACCCGGGAGGUUCUGCGCAAACUGAAGCAGUAAUCAGAACUACAGAUCAUUUGGUGCAACUGUAAUGUAAACAUGAAGAUCUGACUAUGAGAAUUCUUAUUGAAAAGAGCUACCCAAACAAGCCACCUCAUGCACUUUACUUUGCUGUGCACUAUCUAACAUUCUGUUUGGUCAGCUGUGGAUAAUAAAGAGUUUCAAAAACCAA